AUGUCAGCGACCACCAAAUCUUCGGAUCUGCCGCUUGUGCGGUUGCCAGAGCCUUACAAGACCAAAUACGAGUUUUGGCAGAAUGCGGCCAGUUCAAAUGGUCGAAUAUUCCAGCUUCGUUUGUCGAACGACCAAGAGGGAGUUUUGCAGAGUCCUCCAGCACCGCUUCACAACGCAACGCUCCUGUUCAGCGAAUUAAUCUCGAGCCCCCAGUCCCGUUUGCCGUCUGAAGGAGACAAUACUCCCUGGGGCAGAGCCUGUCGACAUUUGGUAUCGUACGUCACAUGGGAUGGGCCAACUGCUCCCACCGUGGGUCAGAUUUGGCUGAUAACGUACGCGAUAUUUUCUGUCUGGCCGGCUGAGGAACACUUUCGUCUUUCCUUUUCUGGUUCUAAGAAAGCCCGUCUUUGCGAGGAACUUGUUGCCACCGGACUUUGCAGGCCCUUCCCAAAUAAAAAUGGCACAGCGCAAGUCGACGACAUUCUCACGUCUAGGGCAGCGUUUUGGCAAGGGGCGGCGUCGCCGUUUGGAACGCGUCCUAUAUGGGUUUUACCGCCACGAGAGGACUCUGAACGGCAAGUUAGCGAUUAUCCGGCAUUUCCCCUCCAGUAUACCAUUACAACCGAAUUGUCCAAUCGACCUGUGCACACACAGCACCCCGUACGCCCAGCAAAACCGGCCCGUGGUGCUCGGAUUUAUAGCAGAUAUAUUCCUCACCUCGACGAAUUUUUCUCUAUGGUGCAUCUUGACUACCAGAACGAAACUCACCUCGGUCUUUUCCACAAAUGGCAAAACGACCCAAGAGUUGCAGUGAACUGGAAAGAAACAGGAACCUUGGAGCAACAUCGUGAAUAUCUGCGUAAAAUUGAUGUGGAUCCUCAUCAAAUAGCGGUACUUGCCAAAUUUAAUGACUCUUAUUUUGCAUACUUUGAGAUAUAUUGGGCAAAGGAGGACCAUAUGGGGACAUAUUACCCUGCUCUGGACUGGGAUCGUGGCCGGCAUGCGCUAGUAGGGGACAUCAGGUUCCGAGGCCCGCACAGGGCGAUGGCCUGGUGGUCAAGUUUGGUCCAUUUUAUCUUCCUAGAUGAGCCGCGGACGACAUGCGCUGUUGGCGAGCCAAAAGCCACUAACGAGCCGGUAAUGGCAUAUGAUGCCGCGAAUGGGUUCCAUGUCUAUAAAUGGGGCGAUUUACCACAUAAAAGAUCUGCUAUGGUAAGGUGCGAGCGGGUGCGGUUCUUCGAGGUAGUGAACUUUGGGUUUUUGACAAGCGAUGGAACUGCAAAGUCCGCAAAGCCUAAAAUGUAG